AUCCAGGAUCUCAGCCCAGAAUGGGAGUUGUUUCUGAGAAUCACUCAGAUGCUUGAGCAGAGCUGUGAGCACUCCCAGCACUGCCGGCAUUCCAGUGCCACCAGCAGCACCAGCAGCUCUCUGCUGCUGGAGGGACAGUGAGCCCUCAGGGUAAAUAAAGGAGGAAUGGUAGAAAUCUGCUGAGACAGGGAAAGCAUUUGGAGAAGGUCACAUUUGGAAGAGUGUUUCUAAUCAGGAGGAAAUGAGGAGCCACUCAAAGAUAUCUGCAUGUUGAGCUACUUCCUCUAUGGCAGAAAAAAAAAGUCAAGACAAAUAACUCCGAGGAAGUGAAAUUCUGACGUAGCCAAAGAUUAAAUUUCCGAUUCUCCCGCCGAGCCUUGCGAAACAACGCUGGGACAGGGAAGAGAGAGAGCCAGCAGGAUGGGAGUGGGGAGCUCCUGGUGAUCUGGGCACUUUGUCCUUCAUGGCACUGACCUGGCAGGAGCCGCUUUAGGACAUGGAUCCCAAAGGAGCAAGAGGCACCAGGAAGCGCCGCUGAUCUGCACAGACCCCUUUGCCUGCUGCUGCCCCACAGGGAACAGGGCCUGAUGAGGAGCCACAUGGUCCAUCCCUGGAUUCUCCAAGCACUGACUGCCCAUCCACUCUGACCAGAGCCCGGGGCCACAUCCCACUGCCUGCCCAGCGUCCAUCCAUGGAGGGGACCACCAUGUCCCCACCUCCUGCCUUACCCAGUGAAGGAGACGAUCUGUGUGAGACAGAUGUCACCAAUGUGGCCAUACACAGUGUGACACUGCUCAUCUCCCUCUCUGGGCUGGCUGGGAACGGGGCUGUCAUCAGCCUCCUCAACCUGAAAAGCCGUAACUAUGGCAUCUUUGACUUGGCUGUCACCGACUUCCUCUUCCUUCUCUUCACAGUCCUCUCUGCCCUCCUCUUUCUGGUGGAGGAUGUGUCCUGCUCUCCUAUCAUGCCCCGGCUAUACGUGCAGUUUUUUUUUGAACUGUCAGUGACCUCCUAUUACUGGGCACUGUUCUGGCUGAUGGUCAACAGCCCCGUGCGGUAUACGUACAAGGUAUGGAAGUUGUGCUGCCACUGGGACCCUCCUGAGCGCAUGUGGUUGGUGGUUAACAGUGUCAAAUCCUAUGCCUUCUUUGCUCUCUUCACUGUCAUUCCCACGGUGACAUUCCUGUGCCCAUCAUAUGAGCAGGAGCGCUGCCGGGCGGCUUUCAUCUCUGUGUACACUCUCAUCCUGCUCCUCUUUGCUGCACCCGUGGUCAUUUCCAGCACAAUUGAUUUCAUUCAGGCCAAGAGGGGCUCCCAGCAGCAGCAACCCAAGAGGCGUGACAUCGGUAUUGUCAUCACUGUGCUCUUCACUCUCCUUCUCAGCCUCUGCAAUUUCCUGCAGCAGCUCGGUUACAUCGAUGUGUCCUCCCACGUUGUUUUCCUGCUCACCUGCAUCAACAGCAGCAUCAAACCCUUCAUCUACUUCUUGGCAGGGAGCUGCUGGAUGCCGUGCUCCAUGGUGAGAUGCUGGAGGCUCUGUACAGUAGGAUCCCUCCAGCUCUCCCUCCAGAGGGUCUUUGAGGAGCAGAAAGAAAAAACUGACUACAGCAAUGAUGACCCCAGGGACACAGGGGUCUGAGCCUGCUCAUACCUUCCACUGCUCUGCUGAAGGACCUCCACACAGAGGCUGAGGGUUUCCUUGAGUCACCUGAUUAAUCAAUACCCACAGGAUCACCCUCCCUGUGGUGCUGUAUUCCUGCAGGAGAAGGGAGCAGGAGCAUUGCCUUGGGUGAUUUUUGUGGAUGCUCUACAGGGUGCACACUGGAGCAUGGCUUUCCUCCUCCCUCCUGGAUCCACAUGGCUCCAAGCAGUGCAGCUGGGCUCUGUGCUGUUCCCAGCUCUCUUCCCCAUGGAAUGACCCUGAUGGCCUGGCCCCAGGGAAUGAACUCCAUCUCCUUUGGCUCAUGGUGUUUUCAGGGAGCUCUUGCCUGCAAAGAAUGGGACACCUUAAUCCCUGGGGACACUCCCAGAACAGGGUGGUGAUGAUGAGUUCCCAAAUCCCUGCAGGGCUGGUGCCUCUCAAUGGCAGGAGAGGGGCUGGGAUCACACGGAGCAUCCUAUCCUUGCCCUUCUGACCAGCUGUCCUGGUUCAGGGCAAAUUUGGAAAUGAACUCCCAGAGAGGUUCCUCUAGAAAAGCAGAUUUAAUUUGCCCCUCCCCCAACUGAUUUGGGAAAAAUACCUCCUUGGAGAAAAGUGGAAAAAACUGUUUAUUAAAGAAUAAAACCUAAACAAUAUUAAA